AAGCGGGUUCUUGUGGACGACUUGGAUAUUCUCUCCUCCCCGACAACCCUUCCCCAUCCCGUCCGCCGUCGAUCUCGCUGUAAAAAGCGUGUGGCUCUUUUUUCACGACCUAUCCAUAGACGACUCUUUUUCCAGACGCUCCUUUUUUCUCUGUGGGAAAAACGCCAUAUAACACCACCGUCAAGAGACUCCUCCAGCUUCACGAAACCUUUAUCUCUCUCUCUCUCUUUAGCAGCUGAGAGCCGACCAUCAUCACGACCUCAUUGCUAUAGCCACGUCCGACCGAAACACGAACAAGUCGUCCCGACAAAUCGCGCGACUACACUGACCUCGCGACGCCUUGAUACACCACCGGCAACUCGUAGACAAGAUCCUAGAGGUAGUUCUCCAGACGAAUCCCACCACCACACGGUCACGGACGACAGCGAACACCCUUUUCACGCACGAUGAUGGGCUCCAACUCCGGUCCUACGUGGGCCGGGACAGCUCUGACCGUCUUCGGACUGAUGAGCACCGUCAACGCGUUCAUCUACAACGAGACACUCGAUCCGUGGAACAUGAACAAGAAUCAGAACGCGAAAACCGUUUUAGAGUACACUACGACCCCGCAUAGCAACUAUACCGAGAGUCCCCAAAACUGGCGAGCUCUUCCUUGUUACACCCUCCUCCUGGACAAAUGGUACGACGGAGAACCCGACAACAACGAUUUCUUCAAGACUCAAUUCGAAUGGGAUCUCACCGAGACGCAACUUCGUUACGGUGGAGACGCCAAGGGGUUGAUGAACCCUCGUUCGCUGGAUUAUCUGCAGGGCAUGGGCGUCAAGGCGCUUUAUAUCGCAGGAACACCUUGGUUGAACAUGCCUUGGCAAGCCGACAGUUAUUCCGUCAUCGAUUUCACCCUAUUCGAUCCUCAUUUCGGUACCAUGCAAGAGUGGGUCGAUCUGAUCGACGAGAUGCACCGACGGGACAUGUACAUUAUUGCGGACUUUACCGUCGGAACUAUGGGAGACUACAUCGGUUUCAAGGGCCACUUGAACUCGUCGACGCCCUUCUCGCUGGACGAGUACGAGGCUCAAUGGAAGCUCCCGCCUUAUGCUCCUUGGGGGAUCGACAAGUACCCGGAUUGGACAUUCGACAACUCGCAGUACAACGAGACUUGUGAAUACCCCGUCUUUUGGCUCGACAAUGGAGAGAUCGUCCCCGUCCCCGCGCAGGGUUGUUACCACUCGGAGUUCGAUCAGUACGGUGAUACCGAAGCUUUCGGUGUCUUCCCGGAUUGGCAGCGUCAGUUGUCCAAGUUCGCCUCGGUGCAAGAUCGUCUUCGUGAAUGGAUGCCCAGUGUCAACGAGAAGCUCCAGAAAUUAAGCUGUCUCGCCAUCCAGGCGCUCGAUCUCGAUGGAAUUCGUAUCGACAAGGCUACUCAGGUCACCGUGCAGGCUUUGGCCGACUGGUCCGAACACGUCCGACAGUGUGCCGUCGAUGUCGGCAAGAACAACUUCUUCAUCCCCGGAGAAGUCACCGGAGGAGACACUUUCGGUGCCUUGUACUACGGACGAGGACGAACUCCUGGGCAGUUGCCCGAUUUCCAACAGGCGACAACGAUGAAGACGGCCGACGACCAGUUCUUCUUGCGUGACCGUGGUGUCAACUCGCUUGACUCGGCCGCGUUCCACUACUCCGUCUAUCGUUCGCUCGCCCGAUUCUUGGGAAUGGACGGAAACUUGCAGACGGCCUAUGAUAUUCCUGUCAACUUUGUCGACGCGUGGUCGAUGAUGGUCAUCACCAACGAUUUCUUGAACCCAAACACCGAGGUCUUUGACCCGAGGCAUCAGUACGGGACUACCAACCAGGACGUGUUCAGGUGGCCCAGUCUGACCAACGGGACUCACAAGAACGCUCUCGGAAACUUCAUCACCGCGCACGUCUUGCCCGGCCAGCCGCUCUUGUGGUACGGAGAGGAACAGUCGAUGUACCUGUUCGACAACGGAGCCAGCAACUAUUUGUACGGUCGUCAAGCCAUGCCUUCUACCAAGGCCUGGCAGCGUCAUGGAUGCUACAAGAUGGGGUCCUCGCAGUACUACAACAUGCCGUACGACAAGGCUCUGACGGGAUGCGAUGACGACUGGAACUCGCUCGAUCACUUUGAUCCUACUGCCGAGAUUCGCCGUCUCGUCACUCACCUGAACGAGAUGCGAGACAUGUUCCCCACCUUGCGAGACGGUCUCGAUCUGCACCCUCACAACAAUGAGACCCACUACAUCCAGCUUCCGGGUUCCAACAAGACCCAAACCGAAUUGGGUCUCUGGAUUGUCGAGCGAGGACCUAUGGGCUUCCAGACUAACGACACCAUCUUUGGUACGGACGGUAACAAGGUAUUGCUCCUUUACACCAACGAGAACCAGACGAUCAACUACCAGCGAGAUUGUCGACAGGAUGGAUGGCUCAGGACCGCCUUUGCUGCCCCUGUCACCCUGCAAAAUCUGUUCUACCCUUACGAGACGUACCCGUUGCAAGAUUCUACGGAGUCAUUCAACCUCGACAACGCUGCGCCUUACCGAGGGUGUCUGCCAGAUGUCACGAUGGCGCCUUACGAGUUCAAAGCUCUGGUACCGGUCAGCCGAUUUGCUCUGGGAUCCCCCUCGAUGUCCAAGUUCGUACCCGGGCAUGACGCCAGAAUCUUGUCUGAUGACACCAACUCGUUCACCAUCCGAAUCGAGUAUGACCAGACGAUGGAUUGUCCUUCGGUCACCGCGGGAAUCACCGUGACUGGACAGUUUGGUGGUUCGAGCAUGCAACCGAGGUUGACCAACUUCAACUGUCAAAGCUUUACUCCACCUGCCGACGAGAUGCCCGAGAUUGUCGGUGUCGCCCCUUCGGCUUGGUACAUCGAGGCUACCGUUGAGGACGCUCCGGACGGUCUUUACGACAUUCAGGUCGGAAGGGUUAAUGCGCAGAGGGCCGGUGCCCAAACCAUGGCCACUGACCAUCUUCUGGUGCGAAAAGGAACCGCGGAGAACGCCAUGGUUUUCACCGACGCUGCCGACUACAGCGAUUCGAUCUUGAGCGAGAGCAACGGAGAGUACACCAUCACCCACGCCUCGCCUGGUGCAGACAAGUUCAGGUACUCGGCCGAUUUCGGUCAGACCUGGACCGCUUGGACCGACUACGAAGCCACUACUACUGCCAACGCUACCCUCUUCGAGGACAAGUGGUGGGACGGUCACCAUGUCGAGGUUCAGUACUGGUCCGCUAUCGCCGGGUCCGCCUCGGUCGUCGUCCACGGAGACGCUGGCUGGGAAGGCCGACGACGUUUCCCUCAGCUCUUGGUCCGAGGAGAGUACAAUCAGUGGGGUUUCGACUCUGGUGUCAAGUCUGCUAUGAAGAACGACGACAAGGGUCUCUGGUCCAUGCCGUUCAUGUCCACCUGGCCCGCCUAUGUCCAGCUCAACGUUUACGGCUUUGACGACUACUUCUACGGUGACACCGACAUGGACGGGAUCAUCGAUCGUCUCCCUCCCAACGCUUUGUCGCCCAACUACUUGAACAUCUCGACUCCCCCUAUGCCUCAUGUCUCGUGGACCUUGUUCCUGGAUGACAAGAGCGGAGAAUGGUACAUCAUUCCUCGAGGACACUAUGCGGCCGCUGUCGCGCUUUUCGCAUUGCUAUUGUCUAUCCCUCCUAUCACCGCUUUCAUCGCCGCCGCCAUCUUCCGAUACUCGUUCUAUGCCAUCAAGAUCAACAAAUGGGGUGUCAAGCCUGCCAAGGCGGCCAGCUACUUCCAGCUGGGCCGGGAAAAGAAGGCGGACGCGGGCGCCGAGAUUGUCGGAGGGGCCAUGGCCAUCAGCGAAAAGAAGGAAAAGCAUCCUACCAAGCCGAUCGGUUGGCCCGAAGUGCCUGGCAAGCGAAGAAAGGUCUUGAUCGCCACCCUCGAAUACGAAAUCAUCGACUGGAAGCUCAAGGUCAAGAUUGGAGGUCUCGGAGUCAUGUCUUCGCUCAUGGGUAAAGCCAUGAGCGAUUGUGACCUUAUCUGGGUCGUUCCCAAGGUCAAGGAUAUUGAGUACCCCCAGGGAGACUAUGCGGAACCCAUCGAAGUCAUCAUCUUUGGUGAACCCUACUUGAUCGAGGUCGAGACCCAUCAGCUGGACAACGUCACCUACGUCAUCCUCGACAGUCCCGUCUUCCGAGCUCAGACCAAGGCUGACCCUUACCCGCAGCGAAUGGAUGAUCUCAGUUCCGCCAUCUUCUACUCGACUUGGAACCAGGCAAUUGCCGAGACGAUCCGUCGUAACCCGGUCAUUGACAUUUACCACAUCAACGAUUACCACGGCGCUUUGGCUCCGCUCUACUUGCUGCCUAAGAUCCUCCCGACCUGUCUCUCGUUGCACAACGCCGAGUUCCAGGGUCUUUGGCCUCUUCGAACCAAGGAGGAAAUGAAGGAAGUCUGCGCUGCGUUCAACAUCCCCAAGGAGGUCUGUACCAAGUAUGUGCAAUUCGGAAACACCUUCAACUUGCUCCACGCGGGUGCCAGCUUCAUCAGUCUUCACCAGAAGAGUAUCGGUGUUGCCGGUGUGUCCGACAAGUAUGGAAAGCGAUCUUGGGCUCGUUACCCGGCUUUGUGGACUUUGAAAAACAUCGACUCGCUUCCGAACCCCGAUCCUACAGACAUCGCCGCCCUGGACGAGCAGCCCAUCGCUGUCGACAAGAUUACGGUCGAUGAGGGCGCCGAGUCUAAGCGACCCGAAGACAAGCGGUUGGCGCAAGAAUGGGCUGGAUUGAAGCAAGACCCCAACGCCGAGCUGUUCGUAUUCGUCGGUCGAUGGUCCAAGCAGAAGGGUGUCGAUUUGAUUGCGGACGUUAUGCCUUCAAUCCUCGACAAGAAGCCCAAGGUCCAGCUCAUCACCGUCGGACCCGUUAUCGACUUGUACGGUCGAUUCGCUGCCGAAAAGCUUGCCCGUCUGAUGGAGCUCUACCCGGACCGAGUCUUCUCCAAGCCCGAAUUCACCGCAUUGCCACCCUACUUGUUCUCGGGAGCCGACUUUGCCUUGAUCCCUUCGCGAGACGAACCUUUCGGUUUGGUCGCAGUAGAAUUCGGACGAAAGGGAGCUCUCGGUGUAGGUGCUCGGUUGGGAGGUUUGGGUCUGAUGCCUGGUUGGUGGUUCCCUGUCGAGAGUAGUGCCACCGAGCACAUGCUCUCACAGUUGACCAAGACCAUCAAGUUGGCCUUGCGAUCAACACAGGAAGAGCGAGCCAUCUUGCGAGCUCGAUCUGCUGUUCAGCGUUUCCCUGUCGUCGAAUGGCGUCAGCGAUUGGAGGAUUUCCAGAAGAGGAGUAUUGCUGCGAGCCGAAGCCUGGCUGGAGAGAACGCGUACUACUACGACAUGGACCUGACAGGACCUACUGGCCUGUACCAACACCAGAACGACAGUUUGGCCAGCUUGGCCGGUGGCGACUGGCGUAACAGUAUUCAGAGCAUUCCUGACUCGCCUCAAUUGGGCGGCCACCGAGGUUCUGUAACGCCUUCUCCUCUGGCUAGUCCAUCGCUCUCGCAGAACGGCUUCGAGGAUCAGCGAGGCGGGCAUCCUCAGCACGGUGGAUACGCGCAGAACAACGGCUAUUUGACCGCUGAGGAGCCCAACAGGAAAGCCAACCGAGCUUCAGCAGACUCGUUCUAUGAGGAUGACCCUGACAGGCGAUCUGCUCAGGGACAGCAAGUUCCUCCUCUGUAUUACGACCGGGAUCAGAGCCCUUCGGCCGAUGUCAACCCUGCUAACCCUGCUGGACCCAAGUUCUUCACCGGGAACGCCUACUCACCGCACGGUGGAGAUAUCUACGAGGACGACGAGCAAUCUGAGCGUGGUUCGACGGCAGCCAACUCCUAUGUACAGAACAACGGUCAGCCCUACGACAGCUUCUUGGCCGCCGCGAACAGGCAGAUCGCCAAGCAGACCAAGGGUGCGCGGGAUCCAUUCAUGGAGCGAAGGCAAAGCAUGGACAGCCAGGCUGGCUUUGGAUCGCCAUCGCGGCCAUUCACAGCGCACUCUCGGCAGUCGUCCUUUGACUCUAUCUCUUCCAUUAUGGAUGAGAAGGGUGGUUCGUCGCCUCUUAACAAGGCCAUCGUCGACUUUACGGACGCCGACGGUGAGGUCGCUCAGACCUUUGUGCAGAAGCUGCAAAUCCUGUCAGCCGACAAUUCGAAGAACGAUCUAUGUAUCGAGAAGUUCUUGAUGAAGAGCGAGAAAGACUUCUUUGACGUCGUCAAGAAGGGCAAGAUGUCCUCAAUGGCAAGUGUCAAGUCGUCGCGAGAUUCAUUUGUCCAGUCACGAGCUCCCAGCAUCAUCGACGGCUACCGACCAGAGUCACCGUACUCAAUGGGCGCUCAUGAAUCGGCUGAAGGUCACUAUGGCGAAGGAUUCGGGGAUGAUCAGCGGCCAGAGGAUAAGCCGAUGACGCGACUGCAGCGAAUGAUGCAGCGCUCGAUCGGUACCUGGCCUCUGUACACCAUUAUCAUCUCGCUCGGUCAAUUGCUCUCGGCUACUUCUUUCCAACUGACACUGUUGACUGGAAGCAACUCUUCCACCAACGUCGAUCUGUAUAUCAUUGGGGCCAUCUUCUUUGUCGCGUCGAUCUGUUGGUAUGUCCUCUUCAGGAUGAGGCCAUCAGUCUGGGUUCUGGCUUUGCCUUGGUUAUUCUUCGCCGUCGCAUUCUUCUUGAUCGGUCUGCCCUCUUUGCACGGACCCUUCACGGGAGCCCACAAGAUCAUCACCUCGCUCGCGACCUGGUUCUACGCCAUCGCGUCCGCCGCCGGUUUCCUGUUCUUCGGGUGCAACUUCGGUGAAGAAGCUGGUGCCGCCACCGAGGUCUGGGUCUUGCGAGCGUGCAUUGUGCAAGGAUUGCAACAGAUCUGGGUAUCGGCGCUUUGGUACUGGGGAGCUCAGCUUACCGGCAAGGAUCCCGACGACUACGUCUCGCCGCGAUUCCUGAUGUACGUCGUCUGGCCCCUUGCCGUGAUGAGUUUGGCCUUUGCGUACUUGAUGUUCUGGGGUCUUCCGGACUACUACCGUCAAAUCCCGCCUUAUGUCCCCAACUUCUUCAAGACAUUGUUCCGAAGGAAGUUAGUCAUCUGGUUCUUAAUUGCGGAAGUUCUCCGAAACUACUGGCUAAGUGCACCCUACGGUCGAAACUGGGCUUACUUAUGGAGCAACGUCCAAGUACCUACUUGGGCUAUCGUCGUCAUGAUCGCGAUCUUCUUUGUCGGAAUCUGGGGUCUCUUGAUGGGUCUCCUGAUUCACUACUCCAAGAUUCACUCGUGGUUACUCCCCGUCUUUGCCGUCGGUCUCGGAUGCCCCAGGUGGUGUCAGAUGUGGUGGGGAGUUUCUGGUGUCGGUCUUUACGUACCCUGGGGAGGAGUCGCCGGACCCUACUUGGGUACCUGCUUAUGGCUCUGGCUCGGUGUACUUGAUGCCAUUCAAGGUGUGGGUCUCGGUAUGAUCCUGCUGCAGACCUUGUCGAGGUUGCACGUCUGUGCGACGCUCGCCCUCGCGCAGAUGGUCGGUUCGAUCGUGGCCAUUAUCGCUCGAGCUACGGCUCCGGACAAGAACGGACCCGGAGGCGUGUUCCCCAACCCGUCACUAUGGGACAUCAACGGCACCGGGGAUAACAACCCGCUAGCCGAAUGGGCCUUCUGGGUAGCAUUGAUCUGUCAGAUCAUCAUCGUCAUUGGCUACUUUGUCUUCUUCCGAAAGGAACAGUUGAGCAAGCCAUAAUCGGACUUGGACUCUCUUUAUACCUCUAUACUCUCACGACAACAGAAAAAGACAUCACGAUACCUCUUGCAUGACAACCUCCCAAUCACCCUUGCGGCUGCCCACCCGGCAAAGGACACAUCCUCAUACCUCUCCGCCUCUCUUUUUGAGAUUGACCCCCCGGACCUCAUCAUCGAUCCCGGCACGUUCCUUUUCUCUUCGUCUCCUUCUUUCACGUUCUGCAUUAUACGAUUCAUAAACCCGCUAUCGAUGAUCGAUCGGGAUUGGAAUGGCGCGAAGGCUGGGCGUCUUCUCUUAGAUGGUCUUUUACAUUCCUCUACCCAUGUAUCAAUUCCCAAUGGACAUUAUUCUUAUCAGACUAGUCAUGAUCGG